GGCACGGCCUCCAGAGCACCAGCACUGGCACUCGCGAUGGCAAAUGAAGUGCAAGUCCUGCCCUCCCCUCUGGAAAGGGGGCAUCCUCCUGCAGUAAAAGCUGGAGGGAUGCGAAUUUCCAAAAAACAAGAAAUUGGCACCUUGGAGAGACACACCAAAAGAACAGGAUCUGAGAAAACAAGUGCCACUGUGAAUGUUGCCAAAAUACAGACGAUGGAUGCCCUGAAUGACACACUGGAGAAGCUCAGCCAUAAAUUUCCAGCAGUAGUGCACAUGGCACAUGAAAAACCCAGACCCGCUCUGGAGAAGGUCACGCCAAUGAAAAAGAUGUACAUUAUCCAACAGCCUCGGAAAUGCUAAGCUGGGACCUAAAACAGCCAUCUGCCCAACUGCCUCAAACAUCUGACACCUUAGCAAAAGGACCAAAACUUUCCUUAGGCUUAGUGCACUUGCUUGGUAAAUAAAGCAGCUUUUGUAUCUUCUCUUUGGACGUUCGAUAAUAAAGCAUCCAAAACUGUAAAUC